AUGGUUUUACUAAGCAAUAGCUUAUUUAUUGAAGAGUUCAGAAAGCUAUGUGCGCAGGACAAAGAGGAGGGGAAAACUUCCAUUUGGCUAACCAUGAAAAAAGGUAAUAAUAUAAAGUUAAUGCUAAUAUUCAAACGAAGCGAUAUAAAAAUUUGUGCUACAAAAAAAGGGCCAACAGAAAAAAUCAAAAAAAAAAAUAACAAAGAGAACAUGAAAACGAAUAAGAAAUAUAUUUGUUUGAUUAGAGCAACUGAUGGGAAAAAAGAAAAAAUAUCCACACAUGUGUACGAUAACGUACUUAACUUUUCUCAAGAAUUAAACAACAUCAUAAAAGGUUAA